AUACGAGCAACGCUUUCUUCGCUACGAAGCGAAACCAAACCUUUUCGCAAUGCCAACUCGCAACAGUUCGGGAGCGCCGGCAAUCGGCAUCGACCUGGGCACCACGUACUCCUGCGUGGGAGUCUUCCAGCACGGUCGUGUCGAGAUAAUCGCCAACGAUCAGGGCAACCGAACGACUCCCAGCUACGUCGCUUUCACCGACACGGAGCGGCUCAUCGGCGACGCCGCCAAGGCUCAGACGGCCAUGAACCCCGAGAACACCGUCUUCGACGCAAAGCGACUGAUCGGUCGCAAGUACGACGACCCCAAGAUUCAGGAGGACCUGAAGCACUGGCCCUUCAAGGUGGUCAACGAGUGCGGCAAGCCCAAGAUCUGCGUCGAGUUCAAGGGCGAGAAGAAGCGCUUCAACCCGGAGGAGAUCAGCGCCAUGGUGUUGACCAAGAUGAGGGAGACCGCCGAGGCGUACUUGGGACAGAAGGUGAAGGACGCCGUCAUCACGGUGCCUGCAUACUUCAACGAUUCUCAGAGGCAGGCGACCAAGGACGCGGGAGCCAUUGCGGGACUCAACGUGCUGCGCAUCAUCAACGAACCGACGGCCGCUGCCCUGGCCUACGGACUGGACAAGAACCUCCGAGGUGAGAAGAACGUCCUCAUCUUCGACCUCGGAGGCGGCACCUUCGACGUCUCCGUGCUGACCAUCGACCAGGGCUCAAUGUUCGAAGUCCGCUCGACCGCGGGCGACACCCACUUGGGCGGCGAAGACUUCGACAACCGAAUGGUGGCCCACUUCGUGGAAGAGUUCAAGCGCAAACACCGCCGGGACAUGAGCAAGAACGCGCGCGCCGUGCGAAGGCUUCGAACGGCGUGCGAACGCGCCAAGCGGACUCUCUCCAGCUCCACGGAAGCGAGCAUCGAGAUAGACGCUCUGCACGAGGGCGUCGACUUCUACACCAAGAUCACCCGGGCGCGCUUCGAGGAGCUCUGCAUCGACCUGUUCCGCAGCACACUGGGACCCGUCGAGAGGGCCCUGCAGGACGCCAAGAUGGACAAGUCUCAGAUUCACGACGUCGUCCUGGUCGGAGGUUCGACCCGCAUACCCAAGGUGCAGAAGCUGCUGCGAGACUUCUUCAACGGCAAGGAACUGUCGAUGGGCAUCAACCCGGACGAAGCGGUCGCCUACGGCGCCGCGGUCCAGGCGGCCGUGUUGAGCGGCGAUAACAGCGAAAGUAUCCGCGACGUCCUCCUCGUAGACGUCGCUCCCCUGUCUUUGGGCAUCGAGACCGCCGGAGGCGUCAUGACUCGCAUCGUGCAACGCAACACUCGCAUCCCGUGCAAGACGUCCCAGACGUUCACCACUUACUCAGACAACCAGCCAGCGGUCACAGUCCAGGUCUUCGAAGGAGAGCGAGCCAUGACCAAGGACAACCACCUUCUCGGCACCUUCAACCUGAAAGGAAUCCCGCCAGCGCCACGCGGGGUCCCCAAGAUCGAGGUGACCUUCGACAUGGAUGCCAACGGUAUCCUGCACGUCUCUGCUAAGGACCAGAGCACGGGGAGGCAGGAGAGCAUCCGCAUCACAAAUGACAAGGGACGCCUCAGCAAGGAAGAGAUUGACAGGAUGCUUGCAGAGGCCGAGAGGUUCAAGCAGGAAGAUGAUGUUCAGAGGGAGCGGGUAGCAUCCAGGAACGCACUCGAGUCAUACGCGUACAGCGUCAAGCAGGCCGUCGAGGAGGCCGGAAGCAAGAUGUCGCAGGGCGACAAGGACAGCGUCCUGGAGAAGUGUAGACAGAUCAUAUCCUGGAUCGACAGCAACAGCCUUGCCGAAAAGGACGAGUACGAGGACAAGCUCAAGGAGCUGCAGCAGUUCUGCGCGCCCUACAUGACCAGGAUGCAUCAGGGCGGCGCCAGUAGUAGGAAGCGUGGAAGCUCCUCGACGCAACAGGAACAGUCCGGGCCCAUCAUCGAAGAAGUCGACUAGGCAUGCUGUGCACGCUUAGUGGUUUUUAAAAUUGAACUUCCGUCACUGAUCGAGCGCGCUGUGCACACUUGGUCCGUGUUUUUAACUUAGGCCGCUUAUUUAAAUUGUAGUGUUUGUACAUAUGUAUAUACUAACAGCUGUAUUUUU